GAUUUGGACCACGCCGGAUUUGGGGAUCUGCAGGAUCUUCCGGACAUCUCCAUUGAUCCGGAGGAGAAGGUCUUGACCGCGAUCAACGACAGUGACGACAGAAGGUGCUUUUGCAUCUCGCUCCAUGCGUCAUCGAUUCGCUUCAAAGGGCGCAGACGCCUACUGGCUCCGGGCCACGCGCGCAGAGACGGAGAGAGCUUUCCGGUCAUUGCGUUUGUGCUCGUGCUGCCGCCACGCACCGUGCUUGACGUUUGCAAGCUUCUGGGGCCCGGCUCAAGGGACCGGCAGAGCGGGGGGAGGGUCCCAUCUUGGCUGAGACCUUUAAGGGCUCUAAACGGUUCAGGGCCUUUGGGUUGA